CGGAGUGGAUUGCAGCAGUCCUCGACAGCGGAAAGAGCCUCAAAUAAGGAUUUUUGUUUUUUUAAAUCGAGCUGUAUCGACUCAUAACUCCCGCUUUUGUUGCAUUUUCGCAUACUUGGUUUUGGAAUUGGCCAAACGGAACUUUUCUCUGCUGUGGAGUUUUGGAGAGCCGUUUUCAGAUAUGGACAGUCGGCGAGCCGCUGCAGGGAGCGACUGGCCGGUGGACACUCUGUAGCACUGGGAUAAAACUGUAAACUCGCCGUCUGGGACUUUUUACUGGAUGUUUCAUGAAGCGCUUCGCAAUUUUGAUCAGUUCUGGGACGCCGUGGAUUUACCAGGUUCAGAAACGGAUAAACACUCGUGAUUCCCUGUCGACGACGAGAAGGAUUUACGCUUCUAAAGUUGCAGGAAAAACAUGGAGACUGUAAGUCGGCAGAGCUUCCAGCCUCAUCCGGGACUGCAACAAACUCUCAAGCAGUUUCACCUCAGCUCUAUGAGCUCUCUUGGCGGACCGGCGGCUUUCUCUGCCCGGUGGCAACAUGAGCUCCUCUUCAAGAAGGACGGUAAGGAGCCCGAGCCGGUUCUGCAGCAUCUGCCGCCGCCGGUGAUGCCUGGCCCGCUCUUCAUCCCGUCGGACCGCUCCACGGAGAGGUGCGAGACGGUGCUGGAAGCCGAGACCAUCUCGUGCUUCGUGGUCGGCGGGGAGAAGCGACUGUGCCUGCCGCAGAUCCUCAACACGGUGCUGCGGGACUUCACUUUACAGCAGAUCAACUCGGUGUGUGACGACCUGCACAUUUACUGCUCCCGGUGCACGGCGGACCAGCUGGAGAUCCUCAAAGUCAUGGGGAUCCUGCCCUUCUCUGCGCCGUCCUGCGGCCUCAUCACCAAGACGGACGCCGAGCGGCUCUGCAACGCCCUGAUCUAUGGAGGCGCAUACCCGCCGCGCUGCAAGAAGGAGCACGGCGGAGGCUCGCUGGAGCUGGAGCUCACCGAGAGGAGCUUCAAAGUCUACCACGAGUGUUUCGGCAAGUGCAAGGGCUUGUUCGUGCCGGAGCUGUACACCAGCCCCAACGCAGCGUGCAUCCAGUGUAUGGACUGCAGACUCAUGUACCCGACCCACAAGUUCGUGGUGCACAGUCACAAGGCACAGGAGAACAGGACUUGCCACUGGGGCUUCGACUCGGCCAACUGGAGGGCGUACAUCCUCUUGGGCCAGGAUUACUCAGUGAAAGAGGAGAAGGCCCGUCUGGAGCAGCUCCUGGACGAGAUCAAGGAGAAAUUUGACUUCGCCAACAAGUAUAAGAGGAAAGCAUCGUCCAGGGUGUCCGAUCCCAUCCCGAUGAAAAAGCCCAAACAUGAAGACGUCCCACCACAGUCCCUGCUGGCUGACAAAGAGAAGCAGCAUGACUGGCUCCAGUCCCUGGCCUCUUCCAAUAAGGGGCUUAAUUGCAUCCAGCCUCGGCAGAGGCCCUCAGCUUUCAGACCGUGGUCCCCCCACAUCUCUGCUGGUGAUAAAGAGCCGUCCAGUCACCCCCUGGCCCUGCUGAGAGACAGCUUCUAUAACUACAAGAGCCUGGAGAAAGCUGUGGCUCCCAAUGUGGCCCUCGCACCACUGCCCCUGGGGAAGGUGGGUCCCAUGUCCCCGUCGGUGCCCAGCACCUCCCAUCCCAGUGGGGGUGAGCCCCCAGGUGAGGGUGCCAACGCCAACUCCAGGCCUCGCAAGAGAAGAGCCACAGAGGAACUCCUGGCCCCGGGGCCAGAGGCCCCCUGCCCUCCGUCCUCAGCUAGCAGCAAGCCGCCGCCACCACCACCGCCACCCCCGCCUCAGGAGGACAAGGACUCAGAGGUGGAGAUCGAAGUGGAGAGCCGUGACGAUUUCACUUCGUCCCUGUCCUCCCUGUCGUCACCGUCUUUCACCUCGUCCAGUAGCUCAGCCAAGGACUUGAGCUCGCCAGGUGCCCAAGGCCCCAUCUGCACCAUCACGUCAGCCGAGUGCCCCGCCCCCCCGGCUGCACCCGUCGCAGCCCCGGUGACCCCUUCGGAGCUGGGACUGGAGUCGGAGCUGGAGAGCCUGAGGCAGGCGCUGGAUAGCGGACUGGACUCCAAAGAGUCAAAGGAGAAGUUUCUGCAUGAGAUUGUGAAGAUGAGGGUGAAGCAGGAGGAGAAGUUGGGAUCAGCCUUGCAGGCCAAACGCAGCCUCCAGCAGGAGUUGGAGUUCUUGCGAGUGGCCAAAAAGGAGAAGCUGCGGGAGGCGACCGAGGCAAAGAGAAACCUUCGGAAGGAAAUUGAGCGUCUGCGAGCCGAAAGCGAGAAGAAGAUGAAGGAAGCCAAUGAGUCGAGGAUCCGUCUGAAGCGGGAGCUGGAGCAGGCCCGGCAGCUCCGAGUCUGUGAUAAAGGCUGCGAGGCCGGUCGUCUGCGUGCAAAAUACUCAGCACAGAUCGAGGACCUCCAGAUGAAGCUGCAGCACGCCGAGGCCGACCGCGAGCAGCUCCGAGCCGACCUGCUGCAGGAGCGGGAGGCCAGGGAGCACCUGGAGAGAGUGGUGAAGGAGCUUCAGCAUCAACUCUGGCCCAAAAGCAGCGACAAGGAGGGGACGCCCAAGGAGACGCCAGCUGACAACUAACCCAGCAGCCAACCUCACCGCCCGACCAUUCCCCCCCUCACCGCCAUCACCCCCGACACCUUCUGCCCACAUCAGACCAGAAACAACAUCACACCACUGUCCGUCAUGCUACCACCACAACACAGAAAUGAAGACUCUCCCAGCCGACCAGAAACAGAGAGAUGAAACGAGGAUCUGCGUCCUUGAAAAGUCCAGUGAGUGGUUUCCUUGGAGAAUGACUGGAAAUGGCAAAGUACAAUGCUGUAACAAGGAAACAGGUGUUUCUAAAUCAAGCACUGACUCGCACCUUCCAAACUCACCAACACAACCCGGAUCACACAAAUGAAAGAAAUGCAGAUGUAAAGCACAAGCUGCGGUUGUAUCUGUAUUUUUCGGACAAGAAAUGGAGACUGUUGGACAGACGUGUGUGAUAAUGAAUGCUGAGAGAUGAUCAUAUUAUAUAAGAGCGAUACAGCUGUUGGCAGGUGUUGUAGCCGCGCGGCUCACGCUACACCCACAGAUCCCCGAAAAAGUCUCGAGCACCAUCCCGGGCCAUGAUGAUCGAGGUUUUUGAAGACAUUUGAAGCUAUUGAAGAGACUACAUAGCAAAAUGUAAAGAAAAAAAAGACACUUUCCUUGUUUCUCUGUUCUAUUGAAGUUUGAAAAUAUAAAAAGAUACAAAUAAAUCAGAAAAUGAACAAAACAAGCAAAUGAACUUUCCACAGUGCCACCGUGGUUUUGUCGGUUUUCAGGAAGCCAUCGCAGUCCGCUGAGGGGAAGAGGAAUGAGUUCAACGUUCAAAGCGACCCGUCUUUUCCUCCCAUUGUUGUUUUUAUACAAUAAUUUCUUUCUAAUUUCUCCGAGCAGUGGGUGGGCUUGCAUUCGGGUCUUUUUAGAUCGAACCCUGAAUUGGGAAUUGGAAAUAAAAACAUGCUGUGUUAAAGGCACCUUUUUUAGUGAGCACUUGUUUUGGAUGAUCAAUAACAAAAUCCAACAGUCUCAGUGUUGCUCCCACUAAGUCACACACUGGUUGCCAUAUGUUAUUUUAAGCAUCUGGGUCAAAACCCUGACGUCUGUAUCUUUUAAAGAUAAACUUGUCCACAUGUGAGUGUGGCUUUGUAACACUUGAGAUGAGAGCCGGCAUGUUUUUACUCCAGUUGAUAUCAGAACCAUCAUCUUUGACAUCAUCAUCGUGGGCUGUAUGGGGCACCCUUAGCAAGAACCACAAAAUGUUCAUUUUAAUUAAAUUAAGGUAUGUAAAUAUAAAUAUAUGUUGUUUUUUGUUGUUUUGUUUUUUUACUUUACAAUAAUGAAUCGCACUUUGUCAUAACAAAAUACUGUUAUAAUGCAUUGUAUUCCCACUAUUGUCUUCAAUCUUACUUUGAAUACAUCAUCGUAUACAUGACUGCUACCAUAUAAAUCCAGUAAGCAUUUUGUUGAUUAUAUGCAUCUCGAAUAAAUACUGUUGUUCUGUUUUCUUAAGGAAACGUUUUGUAAAUAAACAGAAAGAAAAGAGGCUCUACCUGUUGCUUGCUGAUGCAGUCUGGGAUUGUUGGAACGUUUUUUGGCAAAGCACUCUCCCGUUUUUGUAAUAUAAUUGACACACGUCGCUCGAGCACCCGGUUACAACAAAUUUGACAAGAUGUAUGAACAGCAUGCGUCAGUAAGGUGAACUGUGAUUGGAGCCUGGACAAAUAGUCACACGUUGGAAGCAUAAAGUCUGAUUUAUACAAAGGGCAGACGCCGUCACACAGUGGGUACAAUGCAAUCAGAAUGUACAUUGUGUUAAUGCUAUUUUUUCCUUUGGUUGUUGAUGUUGUUUUAAAAGUGGAGAUAUUUUAUUGCUUGUCUAUUAUGUUCACGUUUUUCAAAUGAAAACUCAUAUUUUCUUUAUGCAUGAAAUUUGAGUUUGCCAUACAUAUAGUCAGUUAUUGGGCAUUGAUACUGUACAUGUAAAAGUUUUAUUGUGUUAUGCAAUAUAAAGCAAUUUGUCUUAUUUAGCAGAGGAAAAGGUGAUUAAAAAACAACACACAGUAUAUUGUUCUUAAGAAAAAAAAACUUCACACUUGCAAAAAAAAACAAAAGACAACAAAAAAACAACAAAAGAACAAAAAAAAAUGCAAUGCAAUGCUGGACAACCUCAAGUGCCUGAACGUGGGCGAAAGGUUUCCAGAGUAGGAAAACUGAUGAUGAAGCUGUUGGGGCUGGGCCUCUCAUCAACUUCCUGUUUGCAGGUUUCAAAUUAAAAGCCCCUCCCCUUGCUCAGCAGCUCUUUUUAUCAGUAUUCUUAAAACCAACCAGUUUACAGAGUUUUGUUUUUUUCAGUCUAGAGAACAACUGAACAAAUGCUAGAUGCUUUUUUUUUUUUUUCUGAAUGAGUGCUUUUUUUCUUCAUUCGAAAUCAAUGAUAUGCAUGUUCAAAUGAUUUUUAUAGAAGAUCUUGAAAAGCCACUUGCUUCGGUGAAUUGUUUCUUUGGGUUGUAUAUAAAGACUGUUUAUUCCCAGUUUGUUGAGGAUAUUAAGGAGGGCAUUAUGUUAAAAGCCCUUUUCUUAUCUAACAUUGUUGAUGUUGCUCAGAGAAUGACACUGCGUCUGCAACUUUGGCAGACCUUAAAUUGGUACAUUUUGUAGUUGUUUUUACACUCAAAAGAGUUGAUAGCCUAUGUGUAGUUUACUUUACUCAUGGUUUUCUACAAAAGAAGGGAGACAAUAACGACAUUGGCUCUUUACUCUCCCACGCAAAAAGAAAAAAGCAGUUUAACAGCGUCUGGUUUUCUAAAGGAGAUUCAUUUUGGUAAAUCAUGGACAGUAAAGCAGCAAUAACAGUCCAUAUUAAUCGACAAAUACUAGCCAGUGUGAAGAUUUGAAUAAGAAUUUACAAAUGUAAAUAUUUUUUUCAUUUACAAUAUUGUAUAAUAUAUGUACAUGGUGUUUCCUUUUUCAAAAAGAAAUCUUUUCUUACAAUAGCUGUCUUGUUUUUGUUUUUUUUUGAAUUUGUGUUUUAACUGAGAUGUUUGAAAAACAGCAGUUCGUAAGAGAAUAUUCCCUACAUAAACAUUUUAAUCCAUUUCUUUUAUUUUUUUUUACUGUAGAGUCUUUAUAUUGAAUGACUUUUUUCACCAGUUCAUAUAUAUUUUUAACAGUAUGUUCAGUAUCAGAUAGCAGACCUGCCGCAUGGGUCACACACACACACACACACACACACACACACACACACACACACACACACACACACACACACACACACACACACACACAACUACGCCACCUUGCAGAUUGUUUCCCCUCAUCCUCAUGUAUCUUUUUAGCCCUGUGCUGCUGCUAAUACUAUAUAAACCUUACAAUUCUAGACAUAUUUUUAUGUAAGAGGUAAAUGUAAGCUUUCCCAUUCAUUAAUGCCACAUAUACAGUAUGAAAAAAGCUUGGCUUAUUCAUCUAUCUUGCUUGUUUCCCUCAUCUUUUCACGCCUUUUUCUUCAUCCCUCCUCCAACAAGACCCUCCCUCUUCUCUAACGACACGGACUAUAUUGUAAAGUAAAGGACUUUAUGAGAUUAUGUUUGAAAAUAGCUAUGCUUAUAUACUACAGUGACUGAAUGUACAGUGUAUAGAUGCAUUACCAGAAAUAAAGUUGUUUGUCCAGAUUGAA